AUGGAUAUGGGCGCCACCACUAAAAUGCAAUUUCUCCACUUCGACUGUGCCAAAUCUUUUCCCGACCUGUACCUCUGCGACAAAUGCAUCUUCAAAACCGACCUCCUUAUAUCUCUGUGGAACCACAUCAGAUACAUGCACUCGAAGCAGCCCCUUCAACCCAACACCAUCACGAAACGCCCACAUCAAACGGCACCUCUCAAAUGCUCGCAGUGCAGCUACAAGUCGCUGUUCAAAGAAGCCGUCAAGCAGCACGCAGUCAACAAGCACACGGCCCCCGAAGACGUCAAGUGGUUUCAUUGUGAGCAGUGCGCGUUCAAGUCCAAGAGCAAGUACUACUUGGCGACGCACGUGAAUAUGAACCACGCCAAUCCGGAGAAUCAAAAGUGGUACGUGUGUCCGCACUGCGAGUUUAAGAGUCUCGUGAAGUAUUAUUUGAAGACGCACAUUUUGAAUAAGCAUAAUUCGGAGAAGGCGUUCAAGUUUAAGUGCGAUCGGUGCGAGUAUAAGACGAAGCGGCGCACGCAUUUGGAGAGCCACAAGUUGGCGCAUCAUACGGAUGAGAAGGAUAUUAAGUGGUUUGAGUGUGAAUUUUGUAGUUUUAUGACGAAGAGGAAAGAGUUGUUGGGGAGGCAUGUGACGGUGAGGCAUGUACCGGAUGAGGAAAUCGAGUGGUUUUAUUGCUCGUAUUGUGAUUAUAAGGCGAAAGUGAAGAAGAACUUGAGGAUGCAUCUGGAUAUGAGGCAUGUGGAUUUGGCUGUGUGA